AUGGACAAGGACCCCGUGCGCCAGGGCUUCGCCGAGGGCGCCUACGACCUGGCCAUCGCCGCCACCUCGUACUCGACCUCCCUCCGCCGCGAGACGCUGGCCCACGCCCGCAGGCUCCUCCGUCCCGGCGGCUUCCUCGUGCUCGUCGCCGCCACGGCCGACCGCCUGCCCGUGCGUCUCGUCCAGUCGCUGCUCCCGGGCUCGUGGCUCGAGAGAGACGGCGGCGCGCCGCAGAUUGUCAGCGUGGCCGCGUGCGACGGGCUGCUGAAGGAGGCCGGCUUCUCGGGCGUCGACGCCGCCUCGACGCCGUCCUUCUGCAGCGUCAUGCUGGCCCAGGCCGUCGACCCCGGCGUCGCGGCCCUGCGCCAUCCCGCGAGCGCCGUGCACCACCUGGGCGCCGAGGUUCUGCUGGUCCACGACCCGUCCCCCAGCGACGCCGUCACGACGCUCGCCUCCCGCAUGGCCCAGAAGCUGGCGCCGCUGGCCACCGUCACGACCGUCUCCGGGCUCGAGGCCAUCCGCGUGCCGGCCGGCGCCGUCGUCCUCAACCUCUGCGACCUCGACGCGCCCGUGUUCCGCGGCCUCGACCAGCGCCGCUUCCAGGGCCUGCAGGAGGUCAUGCGCCAGGCCGGCGCGCUCCUCUGGGUCACCGAGGGCGCGAGGGCCGGCACCACGCCCGAGAACACCAUGGUCCUCGGCUGGGCGCGGUCGGCGCGCGUCGAGCGCACCACGCUGAGGCUGCAGGUGCUGGACCUCGAGCAGCCGGCGCACACGGUCGAUCCCGCCCUCGUCUUGGACCUGCUGCUGCGUCUGGCCGCCGGCCAGGGAAGCCGAUGGCCCGAUGAAGCCCGCCGAUGCCCCGACGAAGCAUGCCUAUGGCCUGGAGCUCAUUUCUGGUUCCCGCCAAAGCCCGUAGCCUUUUAG